AAUAUUUCCUCUCUCUCUCUCUCUCUCUCUCUCUCUCUCUCUCUCUCUCUCUCUCUCCCUUAGAGAAUAUUUAUCUUCGAGUACAAGAAAGCACGACUUGCACGCCAAGAAAUAUUGAAGCAAGCAGAACAUGAAGCUGGUUUGGUCGCCGGAGAAAGCCUCAAAGGCCUAUAUCGAUACUGUGAAAUCGUGCGAGUUGAUUGAAGAAUCUAGCGUAGCGGAGCUGAUAUCGGCCAUGGCGGCGGGGUGGAACGCGCAGCUGAUUGUGGAAACGUGGUCAAAAGGGAGCGGGACGGCGACCAGCAUCGGGCUGGCGGUGGCCGGCCACCACGCGGGGGGGCGCCACGUGUGCGUGGUGCCGGAUCAAGAGUCGAGGGAGGAGUACGGCGAGGCCAUGCAGAGUGCGGGGCCGGGGGUUUCGCCGGAGAUCUUCGUCGGGGAGGCGGAGGAGGUGAUGAAGGGGCUGGAGGGGAUAGACUUUCUGGUGGUCGAUUCCCGGCGGAGUGACUUUGCUCGGAUUCUGCGGGUGGCGAAACUCGGCCACAGGGGUGCUGUGCUCAUAUGCACCAACGUUUGCUCGCGGGAGGCUUCGGAUUUCCGGUGGCGGAGCGUUCUCGACGGGAAAUCAAGAAUCGUACGCUCCGUUCUUCUGCCGGUGGGGAAGGGGCUAGACAUAGCCCACGUCGGAGCCGCCGGCGGGAAGGGUGAGAGGAGCAGAUGGAUCAGGCAUUUUGAUAAGGAAUCUGGCGAAGAAUUUGUGAUCCGGAGGUGAAUGAAUUUAUCCAUACACUAGAUACAAUAUUGGUAGUAGUUAACUAGAUCAAGCUAUGAAAUGACUUUUGUUUUUUUUUUUUUUUUUUUUUUGUUUUGUUUUUGAUAAGUCAAGAGUUCUGACUUCUCUAUCUGUAUAUAGAUUUAGAAAAUGAAAGCACUUUUUGUUUUCCAGUUUUGUUGGUAGUCUGGUACACAUUGGUACUUCUAUCAAGGACUAUAAAGAUUAAUUUAGGUGUUUAUUUAUGC